CUAGUCACUUUGUAGAAAUAUGAGAUUUUUGUGUCCUUAAUUGUCCAACUAUUGACCUGCUGUAUGACUUCCUAUAUAUGAACCUACAGGUCUGUGGGGACAAACGAUUCUUGAUGGAGGAGAUGACAAAGUUACCUAACAUCACCACCUUGGGACUGGUCGUAUUGGCCUGUGGACAUUCGUUUGGAGCCGGCUCAUUCCAUGUUCUCAAGAUGUCUAGUGGUAUAAGAGAGCUGACGCUUCAACUUGUCACUCGGAGCGACUGUAAGGCAUUUGCUGUGUGCCAAUCAGGUUGCAUUUGUGCUGAGCCAUCAAACUGGGAAACCGAGGACCUCGUGCUACCUUGCCUCAAAGAAUUAGCAAUCAAUGACCUGAGAGGAACUGAACAUGAACUCGCUCUUGUGAAAAGGUUAUUCAAGUGGGCAACAAUGCUAGAAAGGGUGGCAGUAAUUUUCGAGGACUCGAUCGCUGAAAGCAACUGUGAAGAGUUGCGCCGGUUGCUACUAAGCUUCUCUAGGCCAGCAAUAUGUAUGAAAUUCUCGCAUGGAGGAUGUUUGCCAUUUGACUAGGGCACCAGCUUUGCCGAUUUGCUAUGGUUGUCAGUUCAGUGGGCCUACUUUUGUGAGACUGAACUUUGGUACAGCUUGUUUAGGUCCCGCAACUUGUUUCCAGUUUUUCUGAGA